AUGGCACCGAGCGAGCCUAUGCUGCCCGCCGCGAUAGCCCCUGAUCAUGGGCGAAAUCCAAGGAGAUCUUUCUCGAGCGCUGAUCGACUGAGCGCAUCUGUUGCGUCUACAAAUAGGUCAAGGUCAACGGUGCGAUCGCGAGCUUCAGGUUUGCAGGCGAAGUUGGGCCUGGCUGGUGUUGCGAGACGGACAUUGGGAAUAUCGUUGUUGCUGGUAACGGUGUUGCUAUGGACUGUGUCCAACUUUCUCGCAUCGUACAUCUUUUCGGACCACUCUUACGAUAAGCCCUUUUUUGUCGUAUAUAUGAACACCUCAGUAUUUGCGAUCUCCUUGAUACCGAUGCUGGCAAAGUUUCUUAUGAAGCAUGGCAUCGCGGGUCUACGAAGCGAAGCGAUGGUAGUAUGGAACGAGCAGAAAAACGGCAAGAGUGGAGCUAAGACAGAGGUUGACGAGGAGGACGCCGUGGCUGGCGAGCGCCUCCUUAUCGACGACGAGCCUACUCUGGAGCAGGAGGGUUACGAGCCCAAGGUUGAGCAACUGACAUUCCGGGAGACGGCCAUCAUCAGCCUGGAAUUCUGCAUGCUGUGGUUUUUUGCGAAUUACUUCGCUUCUGCAUGUCUGGAGUACACCAGUGUGGGGAGCGUCACAAUUCUGAACUCGACGAGCAGUGUGUGGACUCUUGUCUUUUGCGCACUGAUGAAGGUUGAGGGAUUCACGAUGCGGAAGUUUAUUGGCGUGUUGGCCUCGUUGACGGGUAUCGUAUUGAUAUCGACUGUGGACCUUUCCGGGUCAAGCGACGAGAAUCGCGGUUCAUUCCCGCACAAGACAACAGCGCAGAUUGCGAUCGGAGACUUGAUGGCCUUUGUGAGUGCUAUUAUUUACGGUUUGUACGUCACUGUCAUGAAGCGGCGAGUUGGUAACGAAGAUCGAGUGAACAUGCCGCUGUUCUUUGGAUUGGUUGGGUUGUUCAACCUAGUGUUUCUCUGGCCGGUGUUUUUCAUCCUGCAUUUUACCGGGCUUGAACCUUUCCAACUCCCUCCAACUGGCAAGAUCUGGACUAUCGUCAUUGCAAACUCGUUGUCGUCCUUUGUCAGCGAUAUGUCGUGGGCAUAUGCUAUGCUACUGACCACGCCAUUGGUAGUGACGGUGGGUUUGUCUCUGACAAUCCCAUUAUCUCUCAUUGGCGAAAUGAUUCAGUACUCGCAGUACUCCAGUUGGGUGUACUGGGUCGGUGCGGCGGUGGUUUUGAUCUCAUUCUUGUUUAUCAAUCAUGAGAGCCACGAAGACGAGACGGGCGACAAAGCUCCCGAGGCAGGAUCCCGGGCAGCCCAUGUAUAG